AUGGGCGAUUUCCGGCUUGAUAUCGGCAUAUACCGCUUUUUUGGACAGAAUGGCAUCUUAAUUGAGCUGCAUUUGACUGGUCUUCUAUUCUCAAGAUACUCUUCAAUGCCAGCCCUCCGACCCGGCCAAGCCCAGCGUCCUCCUGCAAAAAAGCACGUAAAAACAAACCACCAAGAAUACGAACUCCGCAACACCCCCAAGUCCUUCCAACAAACACGAAUCUCCAAAUGCACCCUCGAAUACCGAGAAACCUGGGAUACGAUAAACCUCGGCGGAAAUACAAUCAAAGACGAUGACGGACACAGCAUCCCCAAGAACAAAGUCAUAUUGAGGAUUCACUUCAGCCGUCCUGUCCAUAAGAACAAAGCGUAUGCGCCGAGGGGAACAACCGGGUUGUUAUUGGAAGUUAGGCCGUAUGGGCAUGUUCCGGAAGAGAAGUAUGGGCUAAUUGAUAGUCGUGUGUAUGUGAGGACGAUUGGGUAA